AUGUGGUCGUGUGGCGGCAAGACGCUGUACAACGCAGAAGCGGGGCCGAGUGGGGUGGGCAAGGGCAUGGACUCGGUGGUGUCCACACUGGCUCACGAGCUCACAGAGGCCGCCACUGACCCGUACCUCGCCACGUGGAGCGACGCUGAUGGCAAUGAGAACGCUGACGUGUGCGACGUUGACUUCACCAGCAGCGAUCUCUCCACAACGUCAGAUGGAGCGCCGUACAACCUCGAGGGCAUAGGGGGUUCCAAGUUCCUGGUGCAGAAGAAUUACCAUCCCACCCAGCACGAGUGUGUCAACACGGUGUAG